GCCACUGUCCACCUGCUCAGUGUUGGAGUGAUCCGGGGUGGGGUGGGGUAGAGGGUGGCAGGGUGACUGCACGGUCGCGUUAUCAGCCCACGCUUAGCCGUGGCUUCAGUGAUUGUAAGGCGCAGCACACAGGGGCUACCCGUCUAUCAGAAGAAGGCAGGCAAACUGCUGAAUGUGCACGAAAAAACGCCACUUGGUGAACUUUUCCAGAAAAUCUGGGAAGACUGACAAAGUCAUCAAUCUUUUGGAGAGCAUUUCAGCCGUGCACCAUGGUGCGACCCCUGCUUCGCCUCACCCUCCAGUUGUCAAGCCUCGUGGUGUGCCUCUGUCACUCCGAGCAGCACGACUCCUCACAAGAGAAAAUUUCCAUUAUUGGGGAAGCGUGCUGCUUGCCGUGGCUCCCGCCGCCACCUCCACCUGUCAAGCCGCCCACCUUCAUGCGCAGGCACACUGCCCAGGAGGAGAGCAGCAAGAAGCCAGUGCCUGGAGGAUCCAAUGAUACAUCCUGUAGCUGUGCUCCAGGUCCUCCUGGUCCACCCGGUCCCCCGGGCCCACAGGGCCCACCAGGGUUGGGGACUACAGGCUCUGUUGGAUCAAAGGGAGACAAGGGUCAGCCAGGCAAACGAGGACGGCAGGGGCUGCCAGGUGUAGAUGGAUUGCAAGGUUUACAGGGCUCUCCGGGAGAAACGGGCCCACCAGGACCAAGAGGACCUGAGGGUAACAAGGGCGAUGCUGGGCUGUUGGGGAUGCCAGGCGCUCGGGGUCCUCAGGGUCUAAAGGGAGAGCCGGGGCUUAAAGGAGACACGGGUGCUGGGGAAAAAGGGGAUCAUGGGAUUAAGGGAGAAAAGGGAAGCACAGGGGUGCAUGGGAUGAUUGGACCGAAGGGCGAUGGGGGGCCCAAGGGGGAUGAUGGACCUCCAGGACGAAGGGGUCCCAUGGGCAAACCUGGGAAGCGUGGCAAACACGGCUCCAAGGGAGACUUGGGCCCACGUGGGCCCCCAGGAAACCAAGGGUCCCCAGGCCCUCCCGGCAUCUCUGGCCCCUUAAUGGAGGCAGAUGGUGGUCAGAUGCAUGGAAGAAAGGGAGAGCGAGGGCCUCAAGGACAGCCUGGACCACCAGGAAAGUGCCUGUGUCCUCAUCUGAACCCCAAGACUCAAAAUCCAAUGGUUCAAUCAGGUGUACAACCCUUUCCUACAUUACCAACUGUGUAUGUAGUAAAAGAUCAAGAGGAGCUGGAUCGAUUUAAUGUACCAAGUACAAUUGUCUUUCGUCGGGAUAUUCGCUCACUUUUCUUCAAGGAACCAACAGGCUGGGUGCCUAUCCAGCUGGCUCCUCCACAUUUCACGGGCUACUGUGGAGAUGGGACGGUGCAGGAAGAAAAUGGGGAAGAAUGCGAUGAUGGCAAUGAUGUCAGCUCUGACACCUGUAUAGGCUGCAAGAAGUCAUUCUGUGGCGAUGGCCACCAGCAAGAAGGAGAGGAGGAGUGUGACAAAGAGGACUUUGGCUUCCACACCUGCGGGACUUAUCUUCCUGGAUCCUAUGGACAAUUAAGAUGUACCAUUUACUGUCGCAUAGACUCAACCAACUGCCGGUUCUUCACGUGACGACAGUUUUAAUCAACAAAAGCGUCAUUAUUCUAUGUGUCAGUACAUGGUGCUGUGUGCCAAAAAAAUAAUAAUAAGUAAUUCGUCAUUUUUAAGUGCAUGUCAAAUGCAAGUCUGGAGUACUACACUUCCUGCGAAGGUGAAUAGAGUAAUGCCGUUUAUUUAUCUGCGUAUGCUACACGGGCUCAUUCACUCGGAAAAAAAAGUACUUAAUCCGAUUUACUAAAAUUGUAAACGUGCAUUCAUGUCUGUAUUACUCUGCGUUUCGUGACUUUCAAGGAUGAAAUCGUGUGAAACAGUUUUCUCAUAAAAGGUGUAAAGUGAUUCUCCACUAAUAUGACUUGAAAAAAGAAACGUACUUUACAUGUUUACAAAGAACAAACCUUAAUUCCACCAUACACUCUGGUUUUAAUCAACAUAUCAGACUAUCCAUUGCACUAUAUUCGUUAAGCAUCCUGUACAUUUUCUGUCCCACUGUGACCAAUCCCUGGCACAAUUCAACCGAGAUGGACAAAAUAAAGUCAUACUAUCUUAAUUAUCUCCAGCAACAGUGUCCAUUAAAUGCUAACGCGGAAAACAUGAGUAAUCAUGUUUAAUAAGUGAUACGUUUGAAAGCGAAAUAUGUAUUUAUUUAAAAAAAGAGUAAACGAAGAUGUAGCUAACAUUGUAAACACAGCAUGAUUGAUCUGCAGUGUGUCACUUUCAAGUAUUUAAUUGUACUCAAUAUUAUUGAGUAUUGGUGUUAGUGCUUGUAGGAACGUGAUAGAAUUACGAAUGUUAAUUGUAUGUUUUUACUGUAUUGCAAUGGCAAAAUGUGUCGUUUCAUUAUACAGUACGAGAACAGUAAUGCCAUUUUUCAUUUCUCUAAUUAAAAAUAGCUCCAUAAAAUACUUGUUUAUGUUUCGGUAUUUUCUUGGUUGUUCAUUGUGCAAUUAUAUAUUUUACAUGUACACAUAUACUGUGCACGUUUCCCAAUUAAUAUUGCCCCUGUAUGUGAGCUAAUCUUGCGUGCAGAAGCAAGAUUGAUUGCGAUGGAGUGUGGCAUUGAAAGGCUGGGAGGGAUGGCAAUAAUGAGGGGAGCCCUUGAUCGAGCAGUGGAUCGAUCAUGGAUGUUGAUGAUUAUUUUUGCAAAGCAAUGUAUGUGCCCGUUAUGUCCAAAAUGCACUCCUAACUGUGAUAUCUAGCUUAACACAUUCAGAAGAAUUAAUGUUGAAUCUGUACUUCACAUAAAUGAUAUUGCAACAUGUGCAUUGAAAGCACUCAGAGCACAAAUUAGAACUAGAAAAUCGGAUUAUUAUUUUGAGCUCAUAAAUGUCUUAGCUAUUUCACCACAGAAAAAAAUACAGUGAAGAGAAAAGUUGAUUUUGCUUGUGUAAAAUGAUGCAAUAUGAAACAUUAUGAACUUUAAUAAUGUAAUGCAUCACAAGUGAACCACUUUUAUAAAUGUGUCAUUACAUUUGCUCUAUUUUUAAAGUAUAUAUUUAAAAUGUAUACAUUUCAUAACUUUGGUUCCAUCAAAUGUAAUCAUGUCUAAAAUACAUACAUUACCUUGGUCAUGCUGAGUAAAAUCAUUUGCUGCACAACUGCUGUGUA